CGCACUGUACGGCACGCGCAUUCCUUUUGUCCAAUAUGGCGGCUUAGGUGCAGGCUCGCUGAUGCUGUAAUGUUUUAUGUUUGUUUUUAUCAUUUACAUUGCAAUAUAAGCCGGGGCCACAACUGUAAAUUAUUUAGUUUUAAUUGCAAUCGUAUUUAACGUGCAUCGUCUGAAGAAAUCAAGGGAAUUCCGUAUUUUUUUGCAAGCGCAAGGAAAAAAAGUUUGAGCAUCAUUCAAAUAAAAUGAAGAGGCAGGCCGAGCGGGACGUAAGUCCGGCGAGAGCUAUAGCCAAGCGGAUAAGGGAGAGGGACCGGGACCGAGACGGCGGCAGCCGCCGGGAAGACGUUGCACCGCCGCCUCUGGCUGCACUGUUGUCCGAGAGCCGAAAUUACCACAAACACCAGGCACGGAGCCGGAGCAGGGAGCGAGAGAGGAUCCGGCUGCGUGAGGAGCGCGGUGCUGGCGAGUCUCUGCACCGGCAGCAUCAUCGCGACCUCGGGCUCGCCAGCCGCCCUCCAUUGCGGACCACAGCGGUGCUUCCCAAGAGCAAAGCCGCGGCGGAGCUCCUGGGAAGUCGCGGCGGCGGAGCUAGCUUGGAGUACAAGACUUUGCUCAUUAGCAAUUUGGGCUCUCAGUUGUCAGACGAGCAGGUGGAAGACGGAUUGUUCCACGAGUUUAAAAAGUUCGGAGACGUCAGCGUUAAGCUGUCCCACACCCCGGAGCUGGGUCGGGUCGCCUACGUGAAUUUCAGGCAUCCGGACAACGCCAAGGAAGCCAGGCGAUCUAAGGCCAGGUUAGUGAUGUACGAUCGCCCGCUCAAAGUGGAAGCCGUGUACGUGAGACGGCGCAGCUGCACGCCUCCCGACGUAGGAUACGUGCCUUUGCACGGCCCCUUCCAGUACAGACAGAGGUCCCUGUCGCCGGUGGCCGGUAAGAUCCGCGAUGUCAGACCCCGGCAUUACGCCAUGGAAGGGCUAGCGCUGAGUCGCGAGAGAGAGCGGGCUUUAGAUUACUAUAGCAUGCUGGACGAGAGGGCGCGCGCCCUGGCCUAUCAGCCGCCGGAAGAAGAUUUAAUGCCCGAAGACGACCAGAGGGCCACGAGGAACUUAUUUAUCGGCAACCUGGAUUCCAACGUGUCGGAGGCAGAGCUGCGCAGGGGCUUCGAUAAGUACGGGAUCAUCGAGGAGGUGGUGAUCAAGCGUCCCGCGCGGGGGCAGGGGGGCGCCUACGCCUUCCUCAACUUCCAGAACCUGGACAUGGCGCACCGGGCCAAGGUGUCCAUGUCGGGGCGCGUGUUUGGGGGGAACCCAGUGAAGAUCGGGUACGGGAAGGCCAACCCCACCACGCGGCUGUGGGUGGGGGGGCUGGGCCCCGGGGCAUCGCUGGCGGCCCUGGCCCGCGAGUUCGACCGCUUCGGCAGCAUCCGCACCAUCGACUACGUGAAGGGCGACAGCUUCGCCUACAUCCAGUACGAGAGCCUGGACGCGGCGCAGGCGGCCUGCGCGCAGAUGCGCGGCUUCCCCCUGGGGGGGCCCGACCGCCGCCUGCGCGUGGACUUCGCCAAGGCCGAGGAGACGCGCGGGUACCCCCCGCAGUACCCGCCGGCCGCCGCGCCGCUGCCCGCGCACUACGAGCUGCUGGCGGACGGGUAUGGCUGGCACCGGGGGCUGGGCGCGGAGCUGCGGCCACGGGACCGCACGCCGCCCCACGCGCUGUUCGCCGAGCGCGAGCGUGAGCGGGCCUUCCUGGAGCGGGACCGGCCCGACUGGGCGGGGCCCGAGGCGGAGCGGCGUGCCGCGGGGGAGGCGCCGGGGCGGGGCCGGGCGCGCAGCCGCAGCAGGGAGCGCUGGGAGCGCGAGGCGGAGCGCGGCCCGGCCGCCAAGGCCUGGGAGGAGCGCCGCAAGAGGCGGAGCCUGUCCAGCGAGCGGGCCAGCGAGGACAGGGGGCGGGGCAAAGCGCGCGGGACGCCUGCGGCCGCCACCGUGCCCGAGUCGCCCGGCCGCAGCCCCGGGGGCGAGAGGGGCGGGGCCGACGACCCGGCCGCCCAGACGCCCGAGCAGCCGGCCGAGGACGGGGGGGCGGGGGGGGGCGAGGAGCCCGAGCGGAACCACCGGGGGGGCGACGGCGGGGCGGACGCGCGGCUGGACCCGCCCAAAGCGGACGCGCGGCGGCCCGGCUCGCUGUCGGAGUUCGCCCGCACGCUGCCCGCCGCCUGGCGCGGGGCUCUGGUGCUGAAGAACAGCUGCUUCCCCACCAGCAUGCACCUGCUGCAGGGCGGGGCCGGCUUCCUGUCCGCGCUGCUGCCCGCCCCGCCCGCCCCCCAGCUGAAGAUCGCCCAGCGCCUGCGGCUGGACCAGCCCAAACUGGACGAGGUGACGCGCCGCAUGAAGCAGGGCGGCCCCGAGGGCCACGCCGUGCUGCUGGCCGUCCAGGGGCCCGUGGACCGGGACCCGGCCCCGCCCGAACCGGGCCUGCAGACCCGCCUGCUGCGCAACCUGGUCACCUACCUGAGGAACAAGCAGGCCGCCGGCGUGAUCGGGCUGCCGCUGGGCGGGGCCCGGGAGGGCGGGGGCGGGGGAAUGCUGUACGCCUUCCCCCCCUGCGAGUUCUCCCAGCAGUUCCUGCAGACUGCGCUCAGUACUCUGGGGAGGGUGGAGGAGGAGCACCUGGUGGUGGUAAUAGUCAAAGACUCUGUUUAGGAAGCCUUUUCUGUUUUUUAACUCGUGUAUAUUUUUUUAAGAGGUGUCAGCUGACGAGCCUGCCGGGUUUGAAAGGGAGCGAACGGGAAACGCAGGUGUUUGGGGGUGUGUGGGAGUUGUAGUUUUACAUGGUGUGCUGGAGGAAGGUGUCAGGGUGGGCGUGCUGCUAUGCUUGAGUCGGACUGUUAACGCCAGAAGCCAGGUUGUCUGAACGAGAUGUUUUUUAAAUAAACUGACCAAGUACCUUCUUAUCCUCCAGCUCAAUUGUCCUGAAGAACUGAUUGUACAGUUUACGUUUACACUACACGUUGUUCUUACUGCAGGUGCCAGAGGAGUCUCUGCUUGUUUUUGUAUUUUUAGUCUCAAAAACUUUUUUUUCCCGUUUUUUUUACUAUGAGGUGCUGAGCACAGGAACCUUGAUGUCUUUUCUUCUGUUUCCCUGGGGUCCAGUUUAAUGGAUGCAUAUUUAGUUGGGGGAUGGCUGUAACAGAAUUUUUGUUUAAAGGUAUAUUACUGUUACUCUAUUACUCAAAUGACCGUUUUUUUUUUUUUGUCACAGUUCUCUUUGUUAGCGGACCUGUUUUUGUAUUAUUUUUUGUAUUGUUUUUAGUAUUGUUUCUGCAAUAUCAUGGCGUAUGAAAGAGGUGUGGCUGCUGUGUGGUGUUUACACAGGCGGGUAAUUUAUUAUUUUAGAUGCAGGUUUAAGUGAAGAGAACAGACAUUCAGGUGAGAUUGUGACCUCCAGCUACCUCUGCUGCCCAAACCCACCGAUACUCAGAGCCAAACCACCCACUGCCCAAACCCACUGAUACUCACCCAAACCCCCCUCUGCCCAAACCCACUGAUACUCACCCAAACCACCCACUGCCCAAUCCACUGAUACUCACCCAAACCACCCACUGCCCAAUCCCACUGAUACUCACCCAAACCACCCUCUGCCCAAACUCACUGAUACUCAGAGCCAAACCACCCACUACCCAAUCCACUGAUACUCACCCAAACCCCCCACUGCCCGAUCCACUGAUACUCCAGCACCAUUCUCUUUGGGUGGAGUUUCUCUGUAGACCAAACACUGUUAACUCUGAGGAUAACCUGUUUUUAUAGGACCUUCUGAUUCUUGCACUGGGAAGUGCAGCAUGACAGGAAUAUGUUAACACUAUGCUUGGAGGUUUGUGUGAUCAGCCAGCUGUGUUUUAAUGGUUAGCCUAACCGCUAGUGGGCUCUAGGCCUGACUACAGGGUGAGCCAUACGACUGGACUUCCAUCAGUAAAGACUGUCUUCAUGUGCGUCACAGAUCAGCUGCUUUUGAGCUGUAGAGGCCUUUUCUCUUCGUCUUUUUCUGCUUUUAUCUGUCAUGGACCCUCUCAGCUCUGAGGCUCUGUCUGUCAGGGCCCUGGGCCCUCAGACCCAGCUGCAGGGAUGGCUGAAGCUUCUCUCCAGUCUGUGUCUCCGCUGUUAUUUCUGAAUCGUAAUCACUACAGUCUCAGUGAGUGGGCGGAGUAACGGUCGACGGCGAGCCAGUUGAUUGGCCAGCGGCAGAUUCCGACCGGUCAUUAGCAGACUCUGCACCGCCUCUGUGUAGCAUAAACGUGUUGGGUGUUCUGGAGAGUGAAUGCUGUCGUAUGCUUUGAUAUGACUGUUAUGGUCUGAUUUAACAUUGUAUGAAACUGACAGUAAAAUCAAUUAAUGUCCUGCUCUUA